UCGUCACAACAGUCGGGACUUCAAAGGCAGCCAGUGGCCUGUCGGUGAGGAGUGCGAGUGACAGGAAGACAGACGCAGGGACGACGAGAGGAGCUGAGAGUGGCAGACCGCAGACCUGAGGACAGUAGAUGGAGACAAAGUUUGGAGGCAGAGUAAAGAGACGGUGACAAACACUGCUGCCAGAGCUUCAGUUCAUGAAAACAUUGCAGAGAGAAUAAAGAGAAGGAGAGUCGGAGACAAACGUUCCUUUUUUUUUCUCAUCUUCGGAGCAUGGUGGCAGAGUGCACAUGGAUUUAGUCGACCUCUACCUCCCAGAGUGUUUCACCUACCACUCUGACACAGAACAUCUGGGCAGGAUGUCAGUGAGGGGCUUGGACCCCACCUGUCCCCCCACUAUAAAGCGUGAGCCCUCCAGCCCCAGCUCUCAGGGGGACGUCAGCCCGGCCCAGCCCAGUCCUGGAAGCACAUCAUCGGACACAAACUCCAGCUACGGGGCCCUGAUCAAGGGCCAUCACAAUCACAGCAAUGGGCUGGACUCCCCAGGCCUCUAUGGACACACCGCGGGGUUGGCCAGCAAUGUAGCAGCGAACAGGAUGUUUGUGGAGGAAGAAAGCCAAGUGAAGUGUGAAUUCAUGCUGGGCUCGGUGGCCAAGCGUGUGUGUCUGGUGUGCGGUGACGUUGCCUCGGGCUACCACUAUGGUGUGGCCUCCUGUGAAGCCUGCAAGGCCUUCUUCAAGAGGACCAUCCAGGGUAACAUUGAAUACAGCUGCCCAGCGUCCAAUGAAUGUGAAAUCACCAAGAGAAGGAGGAAAUCCUGCCAGGCCUGUCGAUUCGUGAAAUGUCUGUCCGUGGGCAUGUUGAGAGAAGGUGUGCGUUUGGACCGGGUUCGCGGUGGCAGACAGAAGUACAAGAGGAGGAUAGAUGCGGAGAACAGCCCGUAUCUGCACCCGCAGAAUGCCUUGCCUCAGAAGAAAACAUACUUUGUUGGCGGUGUGGUAGAAAACAAAGUGGUGUCCCUGCUGCUGGUGGCCGAGCCCGAGGGCAUCUUCGCCAUGCCGGACCCCACUGUACCUGAGAGCGACAUCAAGGCUCUGACCACGCUGUGUGACCUGGCUGACCGAGAGCUGGUGGUCAACAUCGGCUGGGCCAAACACAUCCCAGGCUUCCCCUCCCUCUCUCUGGCGGACCAGAUGAGCCUACUGCAGAGCGGCUGGAUGGAGAUUUUGAUUCUCCGAGUGGUGUUCCGCUCGCUGGGCCUGGAGGACAAGCUGGUGUACGCCGAGGACUACGUCAUGGACGAGGAGCAGUCCAAGCUGGCCGGGCUGCUCGACCUCAACAACGCCAUCCUGCAGCUGGUGAAGAAGUAUAAGACGAUGGGGCUGGAGAAGGAGGAGUUUGUGGUCCUCAAGGCUAUCGCGCUCGCUAAUUCAGACUCCAUGCAAAUUGAGGACUCCGAGGCAGUUCAGAGACUCCAGGACGUCCUUCACGGGGCCCUUCAGGAGUACGAGGCCGCCCACCGCCCGGAGGACGCUCGGCGGGCCGGCAAGCUGAUCAUGACCCUCCCUCUCCUCCGUCAGACGGCUGCUCGCGCGGUGCAGCACUUCUGCAGCAUCAAACAGGACGGCCGCGUGCCCAUGCACAAACUGUUCCUCGAACUGCUGGAGGCCAAGGCCUGACCCGGACACGGGGACGGCCAAUCAGCUUUCGUCCUGGAUCCCUCCGCGCAAACGAGGGUGGUCGGGGACGUCAGGAAGGCGAAGGAAUCACGUGUGGUGGGGGGGGGGUGACGGUGAGGUUUUCGACGCCACGUCUUUGUCCAUUUCAGCUUUGACAAGAGAAGUUUUUUUUUUUCUUAGAGCGACAUCUUUUCCUUCUCCCGACAACGGUUUGAAUGGAGCCGUCUGAUUCGAGUGUCCCUCGACGACGAGGAACAUCGUCAUCUUUACAGUUUGACACUGAUUUAAGCGCGUCGCAGGCGGACGGACGGGCAGCGUGAAAGCAGAAGAAAAGCGCCUUCUAGAGAUAUUUACAGUAACAUGCCAAAAGUAGAGCUUCUCCCGUCAAAAGACCACCUGAUACUUGAAUAUCCUCCUGGAUUAUGUCAUCCAUCUUGAAACCUGUUAAUCUGCAUUCUAGUGCAUUUAGAAAGCCUUUUACUGAUUGGAUUUUUGUUUGUCAUUUUUUUGGUAGAGAGAAGGUAUAAAUGUGUCCCAAGAGGAAAGUCUUGCCAAAGAGUAAAGACUCACAACUAUUAAUACCAGCAUAUGUCCACAAUAAUAUAAUGUGGCCUGUAAGACAUUCACAUAAACUUCACAUAAACCUGCAUCCCUGCUGUGUUGUGUAUGGCAAACGUAUCUAUCUAUCCACUACGUUCAUAUAUAAAUGAUGAAAGGGAAGCUAUUAAGUGAUCAGCAUCUCAUAAAACAAUAAGCGGCUUCCUGAUUUAUUUGCAAAUUUCAGGGAAAGAGUAUAUGAUGCAUUAUACAAUUGUACGACAGCAAAGUGAUAUUUAUUCUAAAAGUGGCUCUGUUCGUUUGCUGUUUUUUUUUUUUUAAAUGUACUAAUGUGGCAUUAAUGAAGAGUAGAUUAAAACAACUCCAGUGGAUAAUAAUUUUUUUUUAAAGAUUUUUAAAUGAUAUAGUAAAAAUCAUUUUUACUAGCUUCUCUGCUCCAGCACUGAUACCAAUGUAAAACCAUAUCAUGAAAUUCGAGGCAACUUGAUUAUAAUUGGAGUGCGUACUUAAAGAUCAUAAUGUUGUAGAGUUAUUGUAGACCCUUAGAUAUAACUUUAACUAUGUAAAAUGGCUGCCAUACUGUAUAAUCUGGAUUAGGGAGGCAUUUGAUGUCCUUUCUAUGGUAGAAUGUCUUUGUAGGAUGAAAUUUGUGCACUACUUUUUCCUUUUAGCCAUAAAGUUUUGGGGAAACUGGUGAUGGCGCGCUGUUAAUCUGUUAGAGUGUUUUGUGUGAAGAGUAGUUAUAUCUGAAAUUUGUCUUUUUUCUGCACCCGUGACAUGAAGGGAUUAAACUGAAAGGAACCUCAGUACGUUGAGUAAAAGUCUUUCUCCUUAUUUUACUCAAGGUACUGUGACGCUAUGAUGUGCAUAUUUUCUUUGUGACGAGACGACGGCAGCAAUAUGCCGGUUUUAAAUGUGUGUACUGUACGUUUUGCUGUAUAUACGUCAUGUCUUACGCCAACAGAGAUGUUUAAGGAUGCAAAUAAGCUUUGUUUGGCUGAGCUGUGCCGCGCUAAUUCAUUCUCAGGUGGAUUCUUGGGCAAUAAAGA